AUGGUCCAGCAGGACGUCGGAGAAGUCUCCCAGCUGGUCCAGGCCCUCGAGGCCGCCAGCAAGAAGGGCAGGGGCAAGGGCAAGCAAUCGUUCACCUGCAAAAAAUCCACUUUUCCCGUGGUCGGCUCGGAUCACAUCUCGGUCGACUCGUGGAAGUUCAUGGACUGGGAUUACAAGCGCGGCGAUCUCCCCACCUACGCGCGAGGCCUCUUCACGACCCGCAGAAAGGACGGCGCGCCCGAGAUCGCAGUGCGCGGAUACGACAAGUUCUUCAAUGUGGACGAGGUUAACGACACCAAGUGGAGGAACAUCGAGAAUAACACCCGGGGACCGUACGAGCUCAGUGUGAAAGAAAACGGAUGUAUCAUCUUCCUCUCUGGACUGGAAGACGACACCCUGCUGGUCUGCAGCAAACACUCGACAGGGUCCCGGAAUGAUACCGAGAUUAGCCAUGCACAGGCAGGUGAACAGUGGAUCGAGCGGCAUGUCUUGACCGUGGGGAAGUCGGUAAAGGAGCUGGCUCAAGAAUUGCGUCGGAUGAAUGCUACCGCGGUUGGUGAGCUCUGUGACGAUAGCUUCGAGGAACACGUAUUGGCGUACGAUGAGUCGGCUGCCGGCUUCUAUCUGCAUGGUAUUAACUACAAUGUUCCCGAGUUCACAACGUGUCCCGGUACCGAGGUACAUGCGUUCGCCGACAAAUGGGGGUUUAAGAAAGCGAAGUUCGUAGAAUACGACGAUAUCGAUUCAGUGAAGAGAUUCCUCGAGGGAUGUGCAGAAUCUGGAACCUGGGAUGGUCGAGAGACGGAAGGAUUUGUGGUUCGGUGUCAGAAGAACGAAGGUGGUAGGGGUCCGUACCAGGAUUGGUUCUUCAAAUACAAGUUCGAGGAGCCUUACUUGAUGUACAGACAGUGGCGCGAAUGCACCAAGGCUGUCAUCGCCGGAAAGGUCCCCAACAUCAAGAAACACAAGAAGAUCACCGAGGAAUACUUGAAGUAUGCACGGAGACAGCUCAUCCAAAACCCUCAUCUGGCGAAGGAAUACCAGCACAACCACGGGAUUAUUGCCAUGCGAGAGGGUUUCCUCCAGGAACGAGGCCUGAAAGGAUCCGAGAUUAUUGCGAUGGAGGCGGAAGGACAGGAGGAAGUGAAGAACGAUGUGAUCUUGGUUCCGAUUGCUUCUCUGGGCUGUGGAAAGACUACCGUGGCGCUUGCUUUGACCAAACUGUUUGGAUGGGGACAUGUCCAAAACGAUAACAUCCCUAAGCAGAAGAACAAGCCGAAGAAGUUUGCUCUCGAUAUCACGAAUCUUCUGGCGGCACACCCCGUGGUGAUUGCGGACCGGAACAAUCACAUGCGUCGCGAAAGACAACAGCUCAUGGACGACAUCUUUCCGGUUGUUCCUCGGGCUAGGUUUGUAGCUCUGCAGUAUGUUCACGAGCCCAAGGGGCAGAUGCUCCCAGGCAUCCGAGAAGUUACCCGACGGCGAGUGCUCGACCGUGGUGACAACCACCAGACCAUCCGCGCUGGAAGCAAGAACUCAGAAGAGAUUAUCGGCAUCAUGGAAGGCUUCCUCAGUCGAUUUGAGGGCGUCGAUACCGACCGUGAGCCAGACAAGAGCUUCGACGAGGUCAUUGAUCUAGAUGUUUCUGCUGAUUCGCGGGGCAACUUGGAGACGGUAGUGACCACAUUGCAUAAGCUCUACCCACAAAUCGUGAAACAGGUCCCCACCCCACAGGAGCUCGAUGCUGCCCUUGACUGGGCGAUGUCCGACUACCAAGUCCAGAUUGACCUCAGCCACCAAUACGGGGCGAAGACCCAGAAGGACAAGAACAAGAAAGGCUCCCAGUCCACCCCAACACCUAACGUAACCCCGGAGAACUUAGCAAAGGGUGUUGAAUACUUCUGCAUCUCUCUGCCGGCAGCGGAGGUGUCGGAAGUUCUCCAAUCUUUGUUCCCUCCUUCCACAGACCCAGAGAAAGCUCGGGUGUACCGUCAGCUGGCGAAUACCCGGCGCAUCCAACCCACGUUCCAUGUGACAUUGAUUCACCGAGCCUCGAAGAAAGACCGCCCGGAAGUUUGGGACGGAUACACCCAGCAAUACAUCCAGACGAUGAAGGAGAAGCCCGAGUCGGAUCCCACCGUGACCCCAGCCCUAGCGCCUGCCCGCGUCCGGCUAGAACGCCUUAUCUGGGACGAUCGUUUGAUGGCUUUCGUCGCUCGGAUCAUGCCCCCAGAGGACGAGGAGCAAGCGGGAUGGGCUUGUGCGAAUGACAUCCCACACGUUACGGUGGGCACGGUUUCGCCCCAGGUCAAGCCCAAGGAGAGUAACGAUCUGUUGCAGCGCUGGCAUCAGGAAGGAUCCGGCGGCGAUUCGGGUAUCUGGGAGGCUGAGAUUCCGGGCGUGAAGGUGGUGAAUGGUACUGUUGGACUGGUUAUGAGUAGGAGGUAA